AUGACAGAGCAACCUCUCUAUGCGCAUCCACGAGCCAUCUGUUCAUUACUGCUUGUUUGUGUCUGUCGUCUCCGUCUCCGACAUCUCUGCUCCGCUGUCGCCCUCUCCCGGUUCCUCUCCCGGUUCCUCCCUCUGAUCCCCCCCAGUCUCGUCUCUAGGAAGCGGCAGGUCUCAUCUCUCGCCUCGCUGCUGGGCACGUACUCUCCAUCACAAGACCUCUUCACAGUGAGCUGUGUAGCAGCCUGGCCCUUACCGGGCACGCUCCCUGGCUCUUACCUGAUUGGUCCCCGGCCACAGGACGGAAGCCACGCCCACCACGCUCCCUGCAUGAGGGACAAGGCCACUCAGACCCCCAGGGCCUGGGCGGAUGAGAGGAGGAGGGGGAGCCACAAGAGAUCGGCCUCCUGUGGGAGCACCGACCAGCUCAAAGAGAUUGCUAAAUUGCGUCAGCAACUCCAGCGCAGUAAGCGCAGCAGCCGUCACCGCAGGGACAAGGACCGCAAGUCCCCCUUCAACGGUAGUCAUGGUGCCAUCAUCCAGUCACAGGCCCAGAUGCCCAAUAAGACCAUCCUGAUCCCCAUGUCCAAGUCCACGGCGCCACGCUUCAGGAACAGUGUGGAGGGUCUCAACCAGGAGAUUGAACGCAUCAUCAUCCGUGACACAACACAACUACGAGAUGAGGUUAUUAUUCCCCAAGACGUCCCAGACGGGCACCGCGCCCCCCCGCCCAUCCCCGCCCAGCGCAGCAGCUCCACGCGCAGCAUCGACACACAGACCCCCUCAGGGCGGGGCCUCGGUGGCGGUAAACAUAGCAACAGCAGCAGCCGGCCCGACUCCAUCUCUCCCUCCUACCUCACCAUCCUCAGCGAUAUGGGAGGAGGCAGCCCCUACCCCGCAGAGGAGAAAGAACUGGGUCCCUGCUCUCCUCUCCCGAAGUACGCAGCGUCUCCGAAGCCCAACAACAGCUACAUGUUCAAGAGGGAUCCGCCGGAGGGCUGUGAGAAGGUCAAGGUCUUUGAGGAGUCACUUCCCAGAACCCUCCAGGAGAUUCCUCCCUUCCUGUGUCCGGACCGGAACAAGGUGAACUUCAUCCCUAAGAGUGGCUCAGCCUUCUGCCUGGUCAGCAUCCUGAAGCCCCUGUUGCCCGCUCCGGAGCUCAGCUUCAGAUCAGGGGUCGGCCUCCGCAGCCUGUCCCCCAGCUUGGUGCCUCUGGGUGGGGUUGGCCUGCGCAGUCUGUCCCCCUCCAUGGUGCCUCUAGGUGGGGUGAGCCUCCGUAGCCUGUCCCCUUCCCUAGGGGUAUCCUGGGGCACCAGCAACGUCCACCAGCAACCCUGCCUGCCCAGACACCUGGAGGAACCAGAGAGCUAGAGCUCCACGCUGCCGCCCUGGUGGACAGACUGCGGAAUAACAUCACAGUCAGAUAAACAUAAUGAACAUAAUACCCUGCCACUCAAGACGCCUUCGACAUGCUAACUCAACUGGUCAUAACUGUCCCCUGGUUCUACAUGGACAUUCUAACUCCGCCCCCUGGUCCCAAUGUUCCACUGAUCCUAUGUACAGGAAAUACUUUUAUUUUCAUCGCAUUAAACCAUGAAACCUC